AUGUCGGAGCGCAUCGAGCAGCGCUACUGCAUUAAGUUCUGCUACAAGCUUGGUGAUACACAAGUGCAAACUAUCCAGAAGAUUCAGCAAGCCUUUGGCGAUGAAGCCAUGGGAAUAACACGGAUAAAGGAGUGGUAUAAUCGCUUCAAGCAAGGACAAAUCUCAGUUGAGAGCAAGCCACGGUCAGGCAGGCCAUCCACCAGCAGAAACGAAGAAUUCGUUGAAAAUGUUCGUCGAAUAGUGGAGGACGACCGUCGUAUAACCAUCAAAGAAAUUACUGAAGAAGUAGGAAUAAGCACAGGAUCAGUUCAUACAAUUUUAACGGAAGAUUUGGCCAUGCGACGAGUGUCUGCUAAAUUCGUUCCCAAGUUGCUGGUGGAACAGCAGAAACAACUCCGCCUGGAAAUUGCAUAA